CGCAGGUGAGGGACCUUCUGGCUCUCCUGGUGGGUGCCGAGGAGCUGGAGCGCAGCAAGCCCCCACGGGCCUCGCGUGCCCCCAGCGCUCUGCGCUUCCGCCGAACUCCUCUCUGCAGCCGUUUGGGGGUUUCGUUCGGAUUCGCCCCCACAUCAGCCUGCAGCGGAGAGUGAGACCAAGGAGAGGAAGGACUGGCAAAAUCCCUGGGGAGCUUCCCGACAAGAACUGGACUGGGAAGGGCAAAAGACUCUAGACUUGGGGGAAGCAGCUAAGGAAGAGACUGGUGAAAUGGAGACAAUUUCCUUCAACGGGGAUCUCUCUGAUAUCUUCUUACUUUACAACUACACCUAUGACUACAGCACUGCCUUGCCUGACACUGCUAUCUCCUCCUCCCCAUGCCGACCUGAUAGCUCUGUCCUCAAUAAGUACCUAGUCGUGGUGAUCUACUGCCUCGUCUUCCUCCUCAGUGUGGUGGGGAAUGGGCUGGUGGUGUUAGUGGUGACCUCCAGCCAUACAAACCGCUCCGUCACUGACAUCUACCUGCUCAACCUGGCUGUGGCGGACCUGCUUUUCGCCCUCAGCCUGCCCCUCUGUGCUGCCUACCGGGCCCAUGAGUGGGUUUUCGGCACCGUGAUGUGCAAGGCCAUCUCUGUGCUACAGGAGGCCAACUUCUACAGUGGCAUCCUGCUGCUGGCCUGCAUCAGUGUGGACCGCUACCUGGCUAUCGUCUAUGCUACCCGGGCUGCCACUGAGAAGAGGCACUGGGUUAAGUUUGUCUGCAUGGGCAUUUGGAUCUUCUCCAUCCUGCUCUCCCUGCCUGUCCUGCUCUUCCGCGAGGCCUUCCCCUCACCCAGCAAUGGCACAGUAUGCUAUGAGCGCAUUGGCGGUGAGGACACGGCCAAGUGGCGGGUGGUGCUGCGGGUCCUCCCGCAGACCUUUGGCUUUGCGGUGCCCCUCCUGGUGAUGCUUUUCUGCUACGGCGUCACUGUGCACACCCUCCUCCAGACCAAGAAUGCCCAGAAGCAGCGGGCCAUGAAGGUCAUCCUCGCUGUGGUGCUGGUCUUUCUCAUCUGCUGGCUGCCCUACAACAUCACCCUGGUGAGCGACACCCUCAUGAGGACGCGGGCCAUUGCCGAGACGUGCGAGAGGAGGAACAGCAUCGACACGGCCCUCUCUGUCACGCAGGUCCUGGGCUUCGCCCACAGCUGCAUCAACCCCAUCAUCUAUGCCUUCAUCGGGCAGAAGUUUCGCAACAGCUUCCUCAAGAUCCUGGCACAGCGCGGCCUCAUCAGCAAGGAUGCCGUGGCACGCUAUGGCCGCAGCUCUUUCGCCUCUUCCUCCGCCAACACCUCCACCACCCUCUGAGCUCUGACGCUCUCCUGGGACCUGAGCUGCCUGGCUUGUAGCAGACCCCAGGACCCUGGCUCUCCCUUCCUGCACACCCCAGCACCCUCGCUCAGACUCUGGGGACAUGGCCUUGGGUGCUAGGCACAGCCCUCCAGGGUUCCCUGCUUGUAGAUGGGUGUCAAAUGGGGCUGUGCUUGCUGCAUGUCGGUGAUGGGGAGAGUGUGUGGGGAUGGGCUAUGCGUAAAUGUAUGUGUGUGCGAUGCUGUGCGUAUGAUCAUAAGUUUGCAUGCGUGCGACUGGGAGAGUGUGUUGUGUGUGAUCAUAUGUGCACGCAAUCAUGGUGCAAUCACGUAUGUGUGGGAGUUUGUGUAGAUGUGAUUGUGUGAGGCUGUGUAUGUGUGUAUGUGCACAACUAUGUGCAUAAGUGAGCGUGCAUAAGAGUGUGUGUGACUGAGCAGAUGUGUGUGCAUGUGACUGUGCAUGUGUGUAUUUGUGUAUAUGUGAUAGCUGAAAUGUGCCCAUAUGAAUGUGUAUGUGAUUGUGAGUGUGCAUGUGAGUGGUAUUUUCAUAUGAGAGCACAAUCACGCAUGCACGUGUGCACGAGCACUACUGGGUAUUCAAAAGUUUGUAUGUGCGUUAGUGUGUGCAAAUACGUGAUCAUCUGUGAGUUGAUACAUAUGCGAGUGUGUGUGCAUGAGCAUGCAAGUGUGUGCACAAUUGUGUGUGAAAGUCUAUGUGACCGUGAACAGGGGUGUGUUCAUGGGAGAGUGCACGAUUCUGUGUGUGUGAUUGUGUGUACAUCAGCGAGUUGGAGGACACGUGACCGUGCACACAGCAGUGAGUUGGGGUGCAUGUAGCUGUCCAUCAGGCUGCCUGGGACACACAGAGGACAGAGUGGCCGUUGGGCACCAUCAGCAGGCCCCGACGGCACAGCGAUGGCCGGCGAGCAGUGAUGCCACGGUGAUGCGUGAGGCUGCCGCUGGAAUAGGGACCCCAGCAGGAACAGGGCUUGGGCAGUGAGGGGGUACGAGCCACCUCAGCCUUGUUCCCAGAGAAAAGAUGCCCAAUGCUGCCCUCUCUCCCCUCACUUUAGGACAGAGCUUGUGACAUUGGGGACCCCACGCCAGGGCCAUGGG